CAUCGCAACAAAGCACACCACCGAUAGCACCACCUAAGCCAUGGUUGUUCUGGAGGCCGCCGCCAUCGGAGCCGCAAGUUACGGCAUCUACAAGGGAGGCGAAGCCGGCAUCCAGAAGGGCAAGGACUGCCGCAAAGAAUUUAAGCGGGAGCAGAAACGAUCCUCGCAGCGAUCGGUGCUCCACCAGAAGACCCGAUCGAGGAGCUCGCGCAUCGCGGAGAUCGUUCAGAUGAAGAACGGCAAGAACGAGGCAAGCGCGGCAGCGGUGACGAGUGCUCGCGGCGCCGGCACGGGCAGUGGGUUCCUCCAUGCCACGAGCUUUGCGUCGCGACUGAAAUCCGCUAACGAGGCGUCCACCGAUAUUGACGAUCGCCACCGAGCCGUGAUGGAAACCCUGAGGGCCAGCCGGAAAGAAGAAAGCAAGAAGGAGGCGAAAACCAAGGUGGGCAGCAAACUGAAGAAGGCCCUGACGAAUCCGUUCAAGAAGAAGUAAAUAAACAGAAUACAAAACCAGGACAAGAUCGAUUGUGGUAGGCGUAGUUACUGCGUCUUUGUUAUGUCCUUGCAUCUAUUUCUUUGCGCGCUUCCAAUGCCCCAUUCGAAGAACAAUUCCCAAAGAUGGUCCUACAAUAUUUUUCUGUUCUUUAUACGGAAUGAAACACAUAAUGGGUA